AUUGACUCGUGGAGCGUCCAGAGAGGACGUUUGGUCGAAAAAGAUAAAUAUCAGUCGAAAAUAAGCAUAAUGAUAACAAAUAUUAUAUCGAGUAUUAUAAUAUUGUUAUCAGUUGGAUAUAUUUAUUCAUAUCCACAAUGCAGAAUGCCAAACGGAUAUACAGGGGAAUGUAAAUAUCUGGACAAGUGCAAACCAUUGAAAGAAGUCAGUGAAAAGAAAGUGAAGACAGACAACGAAUUGCUUUAUCUACGAGAAUCAUCCUGUGGGACUACGAGCAAUUAUUUAUAUAAGGUUUGUUGUCCGCCGCAGUCGGAAUGGUCCAAAAAAUUGGAUCUCAAACCUAUACCAUUCCCCGAAAUAAUUAAUUAUUUAGCCGAACAAGGAAGUAACGGAACAAGUCAAAAGUCUAGUGACGACACAAAAUCCACGACCGUGCUACGAGAUGGCAGCAAUAAAGAAACAGAAGAAUGCGGUGUAGAAGUAUCUGGGCCUAAGCAGGAUAGAGAUUACGGUACAGCAGAUAUCGAUGAGUAUCCGUGGAUGGCACUUUUGGAGUAUCGUUUCGGUCGCAUCAUGUGUGGAGGAAGCCUUAUCUCUCCUAACUUCAUCCUGACAGCUGCUCAUUGUAUCGAGACUACGCAUGGAAAACCUGCUUUCGCUCGUCUCGCUGAAUACAACAUGACGUCAUUCCCCACGGACUACGUAGAGGUUGAUGGUGGAGCUACAGAAACCAUCACCGUCUCUCUGAUAGCCGUUAAAUGGAGUGAGAAGCAUCCAAUGUUUGAUAAGAACACGUAUCACCACGACAUAGGCUUGGUGAAGCUUGCUGAAGAUGCUAAAAGUUCAGAUUUCAUCCGUCCAAUUUGCCUACCUCGCUACAACUUCGCGGAUCAAUUCGACACCAACACAAACUUCAUAACCGCCGGUUGGGGAGUACACGGUUCUAUUAACAACGAUAUUAAAAUGGAGGCUAAAUUACCUUAUAUGCCAAUACCUACAUGCAAACGAUCUAUAUCCAUACCAUCAUUGACAAACAAACAAUUAUGUGCCGGAGGUAAAAACGAGAGAUCCGACUGUGUAACCGAUUCCGGUGGACCAUUAAUGUUUGUAUCAGAAAAUUACUACAUGGUUGUAGGUGUUGCUAGUUACGGACCUGAUAGUUGCAGCAACAUACGUGAACCAACUGUUUACACAUACGUCUACGAAUACCUUGAUUGGAUUGAUAGCGUGAUGGUUUAAGAAUUAAGAACUGCACUGAGUUUUAUAGUCCACAAUUGUACAAUUUGUAUAGAAUAUCGUAUAUCAAGAUACUGUCUGAAAAUUGUUAAA